CUUAGUAUUACUCAACAUUUACUACUUUUUGAGCCGUUUUAAGCGCAGAAAGUAACUUUAAAGUAAUUUUCUUUGCCGAAAUUGGAUUUAUCAAGUGUAACACGGGAAGGAGACGGGAAGAAAAACGGCAGCAUCAACCGGUUUGAGACGGAAAAAACUUUUUAACACCGACACAGAGGGGAAUUCACAAGCAUGGAUUGUAUCAGCUGCAACUGAACUCAAAGCUUCCCGAAACAUGUUGGACAAAAGGUCCGUGGAGCUUCACCUGGAGGAGAAGGAGGAGGAGGAGGUCCGAGGGAAAAACGUGAAGGAACCGUUCUGCAGUCAGUAUCGCUGCGGUCCUCUGCUCGGCAGCGGCGGCUUCGGCUCAGUGUUUUCAGGCCAGCGGCUCUCAGAUGGACUGCAGGUUGCCAUUAAGCAGAUUUCCAGUGACAGAGUUCAGCAGUGGGCCAUACUGCCCGAUGAUGCCAGUCCCGUUCCCAUGGAGAUCGCCCUGCUGCAGCGGCUGUCAGAGGUCGGGGGUCACGGCGGGGUCAUCCGCAUGCUGGACUGGUUCGAGGUGGAGGGGCGGGGCUUCCUGCUGGUGCUGGAGCGGCCGCCUCUGUGCCAGGAUCUGUUUGACUUCAUCACAGAGAGAGGAGCGUUGUCCGAGCAGCUGGCUCUCAGGUUUUUCCGUCAGAUCGUCGAGGCGCUGCAGUUCAUGCACGAUCACGGCGUCGUGCACCGAGACAUCAAAGACGAGAACAUCGUGGUCGACACGCGGACGCUCGACGUCAAAAUCAUCGACUUUGGAUCCGGAGCUCCGUUCAAAGAGACGAUGUACAGCGAGUUCGAAGGAACCCGGGUCUACAGUCCUCCAGAGUGGAUCCAGUCUCAGUCGUAUAAAGCCGUCUCUCUGACCGUCUGGUCUCUGGGGGUCCUGCUCUUCGACAUGGUCUGCGGCGACAUCCCGUUCGAGCGCGACCAGGAGAUCAUCGGCGCCACGCCCAUCUUCACCCGCCGAGUCUCUAAAGAAUGCCAGUCUCUGAUUCGCUGGUGCCUGUCUUACCGUCCCGAAGACCGACCCACCCUAGAGGAGGUCCUGUCUCACCCCUGGAUGGAGGGAGGAGAGGUGGAGGAGGAGGAGGAGGGAGGAGACCUGCAGGAGGACCACAGCUCUCUGCCCAGCCAGUCCCUCUAAACC